CGUAUAGAGUCGAAGGAGUCACUGGCAAUCUUCAGCGAAUAGCCAGGUAGUAGUACAAACAAGUCCCAUUUUCCUGACCUGCGGGCAUUUCAGUUUCUGAUUCCCACGGUGACGCUUCGACAGUGCAGUGCAAUAGUGAAAAACUUUUCCACAAAAUUUUACUCUCGAAGCACAAUUUAUAAUUUAUUAUAGACAAUAGCUCGCUUUCGAGAUCUAAAACUGAAACAGGUGUCACAUUCAGUAAACCAGAGAGUAAAAGACAGAAGAAAAGUGUAUAAACUUUUUUGUGGAAGGACGACUGAGUGUUGGCGGCAAGCACUUAGACGUGCGAUGAAAGUGUUUUAAAAAUAAUUUUCCAGAGCGCGAUGGUGAUCCGCGAGGUUUAAUAUUAGUCGGGAUCCAUGAGUAAUUCUGGCAGAAUGAACCAGUUUCUUCAACGUAUGCUCAGAAAAACCGACGAAGAAGAGAAAUCUGGCGAAAUGAAGUACUUCGAACGAUCAAAAACAAGGAAAAGUUCCUGGAGAAACAUGAGCAGACCUACAUAUGAAAGUUCCAACAGGACAUCUGGCUUGUCUCGAAAGAGCAGCUUUUCAAGACCAGCUUGGAUGAGGAAAUUUGGAAGCUCCUUUGAUCAAACAACGAAGCCAAUCAAGGUUGAAACUCCUAAGAGCCCCGUCGCCACCAGCCCUUCACAGGCUAUGUAUAUUCAAACCCCUGAAAGCACUCCAUCAAGGAUGUCAUCUUUCAGGAAAGCCAAAACUCUACCAGCCUCAUUAAACGAAACACCAAACCUCGAACAUAUCGUUCAAGAAUUUGAAUCAGGUUUCAUGUCACCAAGGUCAGGUUUCGAACCGGGAACCGGAAACUUUGUCAAAAAAAUUGUUGCUGCCUUUGAAGAAAAGUAUAAAUCGUACAACGAUUCCUGGUCAGACAGAGUUCGAGGAAAACUGAAAGGUUCAGGACUUCAUCGACAUUCCUAUUCCAAUAUUUGCCAAUCCCUACAUUUCACAUCUGUUGAAAUUUGCCAAAGCAGUACCGAAACAUUGAGUACUGAAGGUUCAAGUACAUAUGGUCAAAGAACAGGAACACCACAAAUAAAUAAUCAAAAAUGGAAUUACUCUAAAAACGAAUAUCAAGAGUCCAAUUUGUCUCCAGACAAUCAAGAUUCCCCAAAAUGUGAGAACGGAACUCCAUUCAUCAUUGGUGCUUUUCUCAAGAAGCCGAUCAAAGUCGAGGAGACCUCCAUCAACUGGAUUCCAUUUCCAGGAAAGAAACUUCCCCGCAAAAAGUCUUUGAAGAAGCUCCUAUGUACUCUCAAAGGAAAAAGAUUCAUCGAGAAGAGAAAAGAGGUUGUGUUUGCUUCCCAAGUCAACGUCAGUGAUGAAACUCGAGAACUUCCCGAUUCAGGUUAUGAUGAAAAAUCAGUUUCUUCUUCUUCUUUGGCCUCUUCGUCAAGAUCGACUCCAGACCUUCCCCAGCAGGAGGUAAUUUACGAAAACUGCAGAAGGUCUACUAACCUGAUGAGCUUCAACCGAAGGUCCAUGAAUUUGUCAACGUUCCACGUACAACAUGACGCAGAAGAUGACGAAUCUGACACACUUAGUACAACCUCCAAGAAACUGUUGCUCUACGAAGUUCCACGAGACGAACUCAAAGCUGACCUCGGUCCCGCUUAUCCUGCACCAUCUCGCAUUAUGAUUAAAUCCCUCGAUAGAAAAGUCACCCCAAAAGAGAAAAUUGUUCUUAAUCCUCUUCCGAAGCAUCCUGCAAUAUCCACAAUUCCCAAACAUCCUUUUAUAUCCCUCAGCAAGGACGAGCUUAGUCAACCAGAUGCUGAUGCUGAAAAAGUUCAAUUUCGGAACACUAAGGAUAAUUUUUCUUCCUUUCAUCCUUCCAGUUGUGGUUACGAUGUUCCCAGAAAAUUUGUAUCGAAAUCAGAACCUGGAAUUGUAGAAAUGCUUAGGUUCACUUUUGAUAAAAGUUUAGAAGACACAACUUAUUAUGAUGUUCCUAAAAUGAGACCUAAAUCUAGCGUCUAUGAUGAUGCUCUUUCACUGAAAAGAAGAAAUGCGGAUUUUGGGGAUUCUUCACUGACGCCACACGAAUAUUACUCGUCCUCUUGUGAUGAAAAUAAUCAUUAUGCUACAAUCAGAUCCAGAAACAGAAGAUAUCUAAGUCCUGAAGCCUUUAGAUCUAAUAAUGAACUGAGGCCGAAUUCUGUGAUUGUCUCGGUCAUAUAGUUCCUAUAUUGAAAAGAGGUAAAAGUUAUUUUUUAUUUGGGCGAUAUUUUGGGUUAGGAAUUGAAGGAAAUUAAGAUUAUACUUCGGAUUUCUAAUUCAUCAUACUAAAAAAUCUUCAGAUUUCAUACUCUUUUAUUUUGAAUCUCCAGUUUACGAAAUUUUGAAAAUCUUUAAUCAGAGAGAAAAGGGGAACAGGCAAUAAAAAAGUUGCCUAAUUUAUGGCGAGAAAUAAUUCGAUGGUGUAACCAUUAUUUUUUGUGAAUCGUGACAUUUACAGCUUUGUGUUAAUCUAUAAUGAAAAUUGAUGAGUUUUUAGAUUAAUUAUGACAUCACGCUUUGUUUAAAACACUUCGCAGUUUUGAGCACUUUUUGGUUCAUGUAAAUGUGUAAACAAAAAAUUCAGUACGCGCUGUACCCUUGUCUGUUUCUCGUUAAUGCAGUAUUAUUUUCUGUGAUUACAAGUGCCAUUUAUUUAUUUAUUUAUUCAUUAUACCAGAAAUAAUAUAAUUGCAAUAUUUGAACAAAUUUAUACAUUUGACAUUUUUGCAAAAACAUUAAAUAUGCAUGUUGAUCUACAAAAUAUUCUGGUACGUGUGUCUAAUAAUUUUAUUAGAGUUUGUAUAUGUUUAAAAAUUAGCAAGUGUUAUAUUAAAAAAUAGGAAAGAUAAUUAAAAUGGUUCCUUUAUUAGUAAAACAAAGGGCAAAAUAU